CAGUUAAGCAUUAGUAUCAAUCAUACAAACCACAUCAAUCAAUAUGCAAUUCUUCAAAGCUGCUGCCGUUCUUCUGGCCAUGUUUGCUGCCUUCGCCAGCGCAGAGCCCGCUCCACAACCUGGCACUGUUCUGGUUCAGACUGACAAUGUUCAAUACAUCCGCACCGGCUAAUUUAUUAAGAUCAAUGAUGUAACCUCUUUGAAUAAAAUGAUUAUAAUAACAAACUAAA